AUGGCCGACGACCCCGAGCUCAAGGACGUGCUGAAGCAGCUCGCCGCCGCGAACCAGCAGAUGACCGCUGUCAUGGUCGCUGGACAAGAGCGAGAAGCCAAGCUCAUGGCUGAGCUCGAGCGGAUCCGCGCCGAGGUCCAAACGCACACGGACUCGGUUAGCGAAGAUUCAAGCCAAACCCAAAGGCCUCUGAAUGCAGUCGAGUUGGGCGCUCUAGCCACUCGCAUAAGUCGAUUCGAGUAUGACCCGUCCCAGGGGAUUACGUUCGAAAAAUGGCAUGAGCGGUUCACAAACCUCAUCGCCACCGAAUCGCGCAUCUCGGAGGAGAACAAAAAGCAUCUUGUUCUCGGGAUGUUGGAUGCCAAAUCCUAUGGCUUGCUGGCGGAUCAUGCUCGACCCAAAGAGCUGGCCUCCAUCGCAUACGACGACAUCGUCAAGCAUUUGACUGAGAUGUUUGGAGAAAAGCUGUCGCUUUUCAGUCGACGUUUCCUCGCCUUUCGCGUAGCGAAAGAGCACGAUGAGGAUAUGCGAUCCUACGCCGCUCGCGUCAACAAAUUAUACGAGCAAGUUCACUCGGGUAUUUCUCAACAAGUUCCUUUUCCAGCUUUGAUUGCUUUACUUGAACCUUAU